AUGGCCAACACAACCCUGGGGAUCAACAUGUGCCCUCCGCCAUUUUAUGAUGCCGCUAUAUUCCCUGACACUGGUGGAUUCAUCGAUGGCCGGCUCUGCAAGCAGAUAGGCAGUACUGUGUGCUGCCUACCUUGUCCUAUGACUGACUGGGUUUAUCCCGAACGAUUCGAGACAUUAACUUCAGUUGCAAACUGGGUAUCGCUCGCUAGCCAGAUAUGCUGUAUUUUCUUACUUCUAUCAUGGGCAUGCCUCCCCGUUGAAAAAACCAACCGGCAUUACUUGAGCAUAUGCCUGACCAUUGCCAUUCUACUUAUGAACAUGGGUUUUGUGGUUCCCCUCGUAGCACAGCCAGAGCAAUGUUACAACGAAAUUACACCGCACAGCAUGUACACCAGCAAGGUCUGUGGUGCCUCUGGUACCUUUAUCCUUCUUGGAGGCUGGGCGGGUGUCAUGUGGGUGUUCCUUAGAUCGGUAUCUCUCCACCUUCAGAUUUGCUGGCAAGUCCUCGUUGGCAAGAACUUUAUGAUUUUCGCCCAAGCAGCCGGCUGGGGAGUUCCUAUUCUGGGAAUCGUUCUGGCCCUCGUCUUUAGUGGUGUCUCGUUCCGUUUUGGCAAGACAUGUCACAUCAACCACGAGAACAGCUUGGCUGACUUUUGGAUUCCCCUUCUCCUUUUUGCUGGACUGACAGUCAUCAUCACAUUCGCCACUUUUGGUUACUGUAUCAAGGUCUACCUAGCAUCCUUGUCCGAUAAUGGAGCAUCCUCUGAGGGUUCCAGUCUGCCUACUUACACGCACAGCGUCAAGACCAUGAGCCCACGACAAGUUUACCGCCGAGUUCGCCGUGUUAUCGCCCAUCAGUGGCGCGGAAUUGCCAUUGUACUGAUCAUUAUCGCCGACGUCAUCUUCUUUUCAGUGGUUUUCGUCUUCCAAGACAACGUUGUUCAGUCUGUUGCGGACGAUCCUGAUAAGGCAAAUGAUUGGGUUGGAUGUCUUUAUCUUACAAAGGGCAAAAAGGAAGAUUGCUUUGAUGAGGCAUCCGGCCUAGUUAUCAACGAAGCAACCGUGACAGCUGUGCUUCUUCUCUUAGCGUUCAACGGUAUGUGGCUAGUCCUCUUCCUGGGACGAUGGUCUAUGGUCCACGGUUGGAUGGACUUGAUCAAGCGACCCUUUGUCCGAAGCAAGAAGGAGUUCGUGUCAGUCGACGCGCGUGUCGACGUCAAGAGCCAGCCUCGCUCGUACGAGAUGCUCUCAAGAGAUUCGAGCGCUGCAGUAACACCCGUCUAUCCAACGGCCAAGUCUCCAGAAGAUGGACGAAGAACACCAGACUACUUUGGCAGCACGGCUCGCUAUCAUGCGCCUGCUAGAUCUUUCUCAAGCCCUAGGCCACUACCGGGCCAGGACGCGGAUUCAUCCCCACUACCGAUCUACAACAAAGAGAUGAACCCUCUCGGUAUGAACCGAACAUAA